AUGUUUUCGCUAGUUAAAUUUGAGAAAGACGACUACUAUGUAGUCAAUACAAAAUGCAUUGAUUUUAUAACCAAACAGAGUUGCGUUGCAAAAUAUAGGGGAUGCAAAUACUCAGCAACUUUUAUUGAAAAAAACGAUGAUAAAUUAUACCUCGAAAAUAUAAAAUCCAAAAAAAACGCGGAAACAGCUAAUCAUGGCGAUUUACAAAGAGAUGUUGGAAUCGAAGAUCCUAGCAUCGAAUCCCCUGCAACCAAGCAAAUCUUUUUAAAUACAAAGAGAUCUCAAAAUUUUUGUCUCGUCCUAUUUGAAAACGACGAUUUUUAUAUUCUGGACUCGAAAAAAGUUAAAAUUACUGAGGGAAAUCAAUGUAUAGCGAAAUAUAAAGGAUGUUGUUACUCUGCCACAUUUAUUGCCGAAAAUGAGUUACCACAAAUAUUAAAAAUUGACGUUAUUGUCCCUCCAUAUGAAAACGACCAAACUCUAAUUCAAAAUAGCUCUAAUAGAGACUUAGAUGCUACAUUCUCUGUGGAUAUUUCCAGCAUCAAAGAAUGGACAUCAAAUAAGUGUACAGAAAAUCAGAAAAGCUCAGAACUAGAAAUAAAUGAAGAUGCAACGAUUCCAUUGAACACCACUUACAACAUCAACGGAUCAGCAGCUGAGCCAUUACAAAUUGUUAAUAAAAGUCUCACAAAAAUUGGUAACGAAUCAACAGCUAAAACAAUAAGCACUGUAGGUGAAACCAUAGUAUCAGAAUAUGAGCCUAGUUCGUUACUUCUUGAUUCAAACCCUUUAGAGACUUUAACCGAACCAACAAAGCCAAUACAGGAUCCCGUUAAACUAAACAAAUUAUUGUUAAAAAAUCCCAAUCGGAAGACAAAGCAGCAUUUUUGCAUUUUUUGCAAUAAGUUGCAAAGUAAACUGGCAAGGCACUUCUUUUUGAAACACAAAUCAGAAAAACAAAUAAAACGAGCAAUGGCAAUGCCAAAGAAGUGUUCAGAACGUUUGCAGAUAUUAGAGACGCUUCGCAAAAAGGGAGAUUUUAUCCACAACACAAAUCAAAGUAAAAACUCUGGAAUUUUGAUAACUACUCGACAAAAACUUAAAUCUGGCGAAACUCCGGAUGAUUACACUUGUUGCAAGAAAUGUAAAGGCUUUUUUAAAAUAGUAAAUAUCCGUAAGCAUCUGAAAAAAUGUUGUGGUCCUGGGAAUAAGGGGAAUAGAAAGAAUUUAAUUGAGGGACGUCAACUUACUCAAUAUAUUCACCCAGCAGCCAGUGAUUUAUUAAAAUUAGAAAUUUUUCCGGUUCUUAAUAACGACAAUUUGGUAAAGGAGAUUCGAUACGAUGAACUGAUAAUUAAGUUUGGAAAUAAAUUAGCGGAAAAACUUGUGCCACAGCAUCAACAUGACCAAGUAAGAGCCAACAUGAGACUUUUGGGCCGAUUUGUUAUAGAAAUGAAAAAAAUAUCACCGGACGUUAAAGAACUAAAAGACAUAUAUAAGCCAUAUCUAUACGACAAUGCUGUUCUAGCUUUGAGAAAUACAGCAAAAUGGAAUAUGCACACUGGCUUUGCUACCCCUUCGGUAGCAUCAAGUCUUUCAACCCUUAUAAAAAAGUGCGGACAUACACAGAAAUCCGAAUUUGUAAAAUGCCAGAACUCUGAUUUAAAAGACCAGCUCAACGACUUUAUGACUCUUUGGGAGGAGGACACUCCCAUACAGAUCAAUCGUAGAGCAAUAUUGGAUCAACAAAAAUUGAAAAGAUUAAAACAGAUAACUCUACCGAGUAAAAACGAUAUAUCAAAGAUGACCACUUAUUUAAGAACAAAAAUGAGAAGUGCGUUAAAAGCCUUGUCAACGAAGUUUAAAUAUUAUGAAUGGAAAACACUAGUUCAGACUUCAUUGGUGUAUAUACAAAUGUUUAAUCGCAGAAGAGCAGGGGAGACCGAACGAUUGUUGGUAGAAAAUUAUAAACUGAAAACCAGUAUCUGUGAUUCUGACAUGACGGAAGAUUUAACUGAAACUAUAUCAAAAGAAGCAAUGGACUAUGCUAAAAAAUUCGUGAGAGUAUGUUUAACUGGAAAACUGGAUAGAGGUGUAGCCGUUUUGCUUGACGAUUUAUGUCAAAAUUCCAUUGAGACCAUAUUAAAAUAUCGCAAAAAAGCCGGAAUCAAGAAAAAUCCAUACAUUUUUUCCCGGAAAGUAAAAUCCAAUUUGCAGAAAAAGUAUUAUAGGGCUUGUCCGUUGAUGAGAAAAUUCGCAACUGAAUGUGGUGCAGAAAUGCCAAAUACAUUGAGGGGAACUGUACUGCGAAAACAUAUAGCUACACACACCUCACUUUUAAAUAUUGGGGAAUCUUCAGUAGAAACUCUAGCAAACUUCCUUGGCCAUCACAAAGACAUCCAUAAGAGCCAUUAUCGACUUCCAGUGCCAGUGGCGGAAAUCACUACAGUUUCUAAACUUCUGGAGUCAGCAGCAGGAUACGACCAAGAUGAACACGAUAACGACGAACAUGAAGAGAUUCACAUAGAUAACCAGGACGAUGAGUCCGACAACGAAAGCGUCGCAAAUGCGGUCAGUGUUGGAAGCAGUGACGGAGACAGUGAUGGAGACAGUGAUGGAGAAACGAAAGACGAGACCAUGAGCAAUGCAAUAAAUAAAUCUGAUUCGGACUCUGAUAAUGAUUUUGAGAAACAAGAAUCAAAUCAAAAAAGAAAUUCUUCUUCCUUUGGAAAGGCCUCACGCUCUCGAUGGAGUAUUCACGAAAUAAUGGAUAUGGAAGAGGAAUUUGGGGAAAUCGACCUUUUGGAAAAUCUUCCAUCAUUGCAAGCAUGCCAGUCGGCUAUAAACAAAUAUACUUCUCUACAGCAUCGUACACCUGCACAAUUAAAAUCAUGGAUUCACAACAAAUUGAAAAAAAAUCGUCGGAAUUAGUUUGUCACUGUGUUAAAGUACUUUUUCUAUAUUUUUGCUUUUAAUUUAUUACAAUAGCAGGUGUUGUCUUAAAACUCAUUCAUUUGUGAAACCAAAGUACCUGAUAUAUAUAUAGGUUGUCGCCUAAGGAAGAGCUGGACUCUUAGCCUUUAAGUUAAAGUAAGCUGUUUUAUGUUUUGAACUCCCAAGGAAUUUGCGUUCAAAUUUGAUUAAUAUGGCUUAGCAUUCAUACUAAAAUUCUAAUGGCUCGAUUACGGAUUGCAACCCAAUUUCUGUUGGAUUACCACGUACAAUUUCAUCUGCUAGCAACGUAACUAUAUUGGAGUAGCAAUCUAUAAUAGCUUUAUAUUGGAGUAGCAAUUUAUAGUAAAGCUUUUAUUCUUUUCUUCUAGUUUUCUAUAUUUCUAUAUGCAGUAAUUUUUUUUUGAAACGUUAAGUAACAAUUAUUUAUUUUUUUCUUCUACAUUCUUUAAACGUAAUUUCUGCACUGUACUGUAUAUCGAUUAAAAGCCCUUUUUUCUAUUAAAAGAGGAUUUUAUAUGAGGCAUUCUUCCAAAAAUAUGUGAGAAGUUUGCCCCUGUUCCUUAAUGGAAUGUUCAUGGGCAAAAUUUGCAUUUGCAUUCUUCCAAAAAUAAACCACUUUAAAAAAGUGGUCAUAUUUUUUUGGAAACUAUAUAUGUUUUAGCAGAACA